CGCGCAAGGCAUUCGAUCACCUCAAGAGCGAUCUUCAAGCUGGCGACGCAAUCGAUAUUCCAAGUCUGGGCCAAACCCCAAGGAAUUUGGACGUCAUAGCCCAGGUCAAGAAUUUUUCGUUACGGAACAAAUGCUGGAGCUUUGGAAGGACAUUUGCAGUGAAAAGGAUCGUAUAUACAGACGGGUCCUGUCCGGUCCGAUGGGCGUUGGUAAGUCGUACCUCUCCUAUUUUCUCGCAGCAAGAGCGUAUGCCGAAGGAUGGCCCACCCUCUACAUAUCGGAUGCGGGAAAGCUGGACACAAACACACAGGAAGAAUCAACAAUAGAAGUAGUCAAGCGCUUCCUGGCUAUCAACAAAGACAUUUUGACUGCCGCUGAGCUGGAGAAGCUUGUAGGCAACUACAACGGGGGAAACGACAUUUCCAAUGGCGCCACUUCAGUAAUCUUCGAUGAUCUACUCCAGCAGAGGGGACGAAAAGCCUUAUUGAUUGUUGAUGAUCAUUGGAAAUUGUUCGAAAAAGUUUCCGACUUGCCAACAAAAUUCAGGUCAUUGAAUCCCCUGUCAUCCUAUCACUGGUGGGGUGAAGACUCCCCAUGGUCUCGAGUGAUUUUUACGGGGACUGCACAUGCAAAAUAUGAGAUGACUGUCAUGGAUGAUAGUUAUAGACCUACGUCGGUGCUAUUUGUGGGCCCGCUAUCGGAUACAGUAUUCCCCAAGCUGCUGGACACAUACCCUCGCCUGAAUCUACCGGAUAUCAAGGACGAGGUGAAAGCGAUUACAAACUGUGUGCCACGGGAGCUUAUGCGUCUGUCGGCCUUCCUCAAGUACUUCCAGGAUCCGAUAUCUACAGGCGACCUUCAAAAAUUUACAAAAGUCGAUCAGCGGUUUUUCUGAAAGUCGCCAACAAAUACUACAGCGGUCUCCAAGAUACCGAUAAGAAGCGUUUUUACAAUGACCUCCUUCAAUCGUUCCUGUACAGCACCGCCAAUGUCUAUUUCCAAUGGGAGUUUGUGGACCUAGGAUUAAUAUAUCGGUGCAGGGAAACCACCUAUCAAACAAUCGUAUGCCACAUUCUAUGCCGUCCCGCCCACCAAGCUCUUUUGGACCUCUUCAAGUCGUUUGCGCUACCCGACGACAUCAAACAACGGAUUCAUCUUGGCCAGCUCAGCGGUGACGAGUUUGAGCAAGCACUAUUUCAUCA